UCAAGAUAGCUGUCCAUGUAUGUGCAAUAUGACUUCGAUAAAACUGUGUAUUCUUGCUAUUAUCAAUUGAUACGGCAAUUUUUGCGGUUGUACGGCCCGGUGGAAGGUCGACCGCCGAGUGGCAGCGCAGCCCCGCCGAGUCAGCCGCCGCCGCGCCCGCCGCUCGCGCGCGCCGACUCGCGCUCCUCGUUCUACCCGCCGGCCCCGCGCCCCGCCGCGCCCGGCGCCCCGCAGCAGCGCCCGCAGUUCCAGCCCGGCGGCCCCGUCACCAACCCGCCGCAGUUCGCACCUCGCCCCGGCACCCCCGCGCCCCGCGGCCCCGCCCCGCCCGGCCCGCCGCAGAACCAGGGACCUCGCCUGCCGGUUCCGCCGCGACCUGCCACCCAGCAGCCCUUCGCGCCGCAGCAAGCCCCGCGGCCGCAGCAACCUCUCACCGGAGCACCCCUGAGAGCUCCUCCACCGAACAACCUUCAGUUCGGUCCGAGGCAGCCACCGCAAUUCGGGGGAGGGGUCACCCCUGACGGAACUAGACCGUUGCUUCCUCAACAGUCUAACGGAGUCAUUCGAAACGGUGCACCGUCUACAGCAGCCCCGUAUACGCAACAGGCCUUGUCUAGACAAUCAUCUCAGGGCUCUAUCAAGGGCGCUGAGACUUUAAACGCAGCGCCAAAUAAACAAAGCAAUCUGGAUACUCAAAGCGUAAGCAAUGAAAAUCAAAAUUCUAACAAAAUGGAGACAUAUGAUGUUCCAGGAGCCCCAAAAAGUAGAAGCUACAGCGUUGCAGCUCCUCUUGGAGCACCAAGUCCAUUAAAAGUGGAAGAUGACCGCCGCAAGUCUAUCAGCGUUGUUGGAGGAAGGGUGGACGAUAUGAUUAGCCGAAGCCCCGGUCUUGGCUUUAUUCAGGAGAGCAAAGUUGAAAGUCAGGACAACAUUCGUGGUUCUAAAGAAAGCGUAAAAGGACAAGAAGUUUCUGACCGGCCGGAAUCGAGAAUUUCAACUAAAAUGACAGAUUCCUUUAUAGAAUCCCUACCAACAGCCACAAAUAGAAAACGGGCCGAUGAUGAUGACGACGUGGUUCUACAGAAUAUAUCAACGGCAUCGAAAAAUAUGAGCCUUGGUAAACCUGUUGAACAAAGUCAAAACAAAGUGGAUAUGUCAGACCGCUCACCAUCUCUGUCUCGCAGCGAGGACUCGCCAGAGCUGAAGCAGCCCGCUCAAAAUGUUUUCAAAACGGCACCAAAUCAGAAUGGACCACCAGAGCCACAGCGUCCUAAGACACCAAGCUCUCAAGCAAAAACAGAGUCGAAAUCGAACAUUGAUACAACUCCAAUUAAAUAUCCUCCGAAAUCUCCUGUGAUGGACUCUAAACCACCUAUUUCAAUGCUGAAGAAACCUACUGAAUUGAAUACAAAUUCUAGCGAUUCCAAGAAGUCUACACCGAGAAAGACUGCAUCUGCUCCAAAAUACAGAACUAAAGAUGGUGAUAAUGACAGUGGCGUCGACGAAUCUACUCAAGGAAAUGAUCUCAACGGUUCGCCCAACUCCCCGAACAAGAAGACCCCGAGCAGGAUUCCAAAGGAGAAGUCCAAUGGAAGUUUGAAGCCGAGCCUCUCCCGCUCUUCCAGCAAGAGUGCCGCUGCCAAAACACCAGAAAGCCCCGUUCCCGGUGAAAAGAAAAAAGUUCCAAUGAAUAAAAUCCAAGUUGGUAACGCUCCUUCUCCAAAUAUCAAGGCUGUGAAAUCAAAGAUUGGGUCUCUGGACAACGCCACUUACAAACCAGGUGGUGGGAAGGUCAAAAUUGAAAACAGAAAAUUGGAUUUCAAUAAUGUUACACCAAAGAUUGCCGCCAAAAACGACACAUACGCUCCCAGUGGUGGGGCCAAAAAGAUCACAACAACCAAAUUGGAAUGGAAUGCAAGUUCAAAGAUUGGUUCCCUUCAAAACGCGACGUACAAACCAGGUGGAGGAGACAAGAAGAUUGAAACUAAGAAGUUAGAUUUUAAAGAGAAAGCUAAACCAAAAGUCUCUUCAACCGUGAAUAUCACCCACAAACCAGGAGGGGGUGAUGUUAAGUCAACAAUUCAGGCUGUUAAAAGCGGUACAAAAACAAUUGAAAACCAAAAGUUGGAAUUCAAAGCACAAAGCAAAGUGGGUUCCCUGGAUAACGUUAAGCACAAGCCUAAGGGUGGAGAUGUGAAAAUAUUCGAUGACAAGAACUACAUCAAGCAAGUGAGCGGCGUGUCGCCGGCCCCCAUCAGCCGGACGGAGUCACGCCAGGAGCCCGAGUAUUUAUACAAAUUUUAUUGAUUUGGUUUUGAAAUAAGAGUCCAGUUCCGACGGCAUCGGCGCAAGCACCAAAGUCAGACGUGAAUCUGAAUCAGCAUCCGUGAAAAAUCUACGACGUCAUUUUCCAAUCUUUGACGUUAAAAAGUCCAAAAUAAUUUUGUAUUAUUUUUGUUUAUACCCUUGUUAUAACUUUACAUAACUACUUACUGUAACCUCGAUGCGUAAUUUUGGUGCGUACCCCGGAAAAGGUAGAUUAUACCGAUGUCAAUGUUUGUAGCAUAUCUUUGUAGACAAUAUGUAGGGAUUUUCAUUAUCCUUCUUGUUAAAUUUAUUUGUUACUAUGGUCAGGAUUGGUUUGACUAUGAUAAAUGUGUCUAGUUUCUAUUAUGUUAUUUCUUAUAAUUAAUUCAAACUUCUUAACAGCAUAUGCCAAUAGAUCAAUGAAAUAAAGAUUUUGUUCAUUUGUUAAUCUAUUAUUUUGCUACAUAUGCAAUUAAAUAUGCAUAAUGACACGUACCGAUAGAUCUUUAUUACACCGUUUAUAACUUUAUAAUAAAGUAGAAUAAUAUUGGCAUAUUUUUUUUGUAACUAAGUAAAGCAGAACCAAAGUACCAAAACAUUAGUCACUUGUAGAUCGCAUCUGGACAUAUUCUGUUCAAGUAAAUGCAAAAAUAUAAAAUUGCACUGAUAUUCGUAAAUAUAUUAAGUAUAUUCAUGUAUAUUUUGUAGGUAUCUUGUAUUUUUUUAUAAUGGACUCAGUAUUUAAUUGUUUUGUAUAAUGCAAUGUAUAAAACUUACAGCUUUGUAUCCAAACAAAAUGAAUUUAUUUGGAGGGAACUAUCACGUAAUUUGUAUGAAUGACCGGAAUUUUCACGUAGCUAUGUAACGUCAGUAUAAUGAAAAAUGCACGGUUUUUCUAAAUAUGAAGAAUUAUAUUCUCAAUUGUGCGGUUUUACAUUAUUAUAUAUAUAACAUUUAAUAUAUUUUUCAAUUGCCAUGGAUGUUUUCGUAAAUUUCUUGCUGAUGCUACAUUGCUAUGACGAGAAAGGUUUGGGCUUUUGAUGGACUGACCAGUUAUUACUAGACUUAUAAAUGUUUUAUAAUAUUCUUAUAUAACUACGUAAUACAUAGGUACAUGUAAAGUCUUGUAGUUUAGAUAGUGCUUUUUAUCUAAAUGUGGAAGCUUUCGCGUCACAAAACUUAAAUCAUCUUUCGUUCAUUAUUUUCAUUCAUGUGCUAGAACAAUUUUCUACCUAAUUAUUAAUUUCUUAGAUUCAAAGUAGCACAUACAUUUUUGUUUCUUCGAGUUUUUUUUAAGUAGGGGUUUCUAACUACAAAUUAAUUAUGUUUUUGGCAUAUACCUUAUCAUUAUUUAGCUUUAUUAAUUUUAUACUUGUAAGAAUCUGUAAAAUAUAAAGAAACAUAAAUAUUUUGUUGCAUUUUUUGAAAAUUGAUUAGCAUUCAUUUUUUUUACUUAACCAAUCAUUAAAGCUAAAAGACAACAUUAGUAGAUAUUACUUAAGUUACAUGAUAAAAUGUUAGUAAGUAUGAGAAGCGUGGAACGAGUUGAGAACUACCUUUAUGUAAUUUGUCGAAUAUUUAAUAUAUUAACAAAAUUAUACAAAAA